AUGGUCAACAAGGCAGCACUCAAGCCGGCCGAGGACUUCCUUGACUUUGUCAAUGCCUCUCCCACUCCCUUCCACGCCGUACACACGGCCUCGCAACAACUCGAAGCAGCCGGAUACACAAAGAUCAAGGAGCGCGACAGCUGGGCCAGCACGCUCGUGCCCGGUGGAAAGUACUACCUCACUCGCAAUGCCUCUACCAUCAUUGCCUUUGCUGUGGGUAACAAAUGGAAGUCUGGAAACCCCAUCGCCAUGGUUGGCGCACACACCGACUCCUGCUGUCUCAGACUCAAGCCAGUCUCGAAGCGUCAGUCUGAGGGUUUCAUUCAGGUGGGUGUAGAGGCAUACGGCGGUGGGCAUUGGGCGACCUGGUUCGAUCGCGACCUCUCAUUCGCUGGACGUGUUAUGGUGAAGCGCGCGGAUGGUGGAAUGGAACAGAAGUUGGUCAAGGUCGACCGCCCCAUCUGCCGCAUCCCCAACUUGGCCGUUCACUUCGGUGGUUCUACGCCCUUCGAGUUCAACAAGGAGAACCAGUUGUUCCCUAUUGCAGGUCUGGUUGAAGCCGAGCUCAACAGACAAGGCAAGACGUCCGAAGAUGUCAAGACGGAAGAGUCAGACAAGGCCGAUUUCAAUCCUCUGAAGAAUCCCACUGAGCGUCACCACCCUUACGUCGUCGAGAUCCUUGCAGAAGAAGCCGGUGUCAAGCCAGAGGAUAUUCUGGACUUUGAGAUUGUCCUGUACGACACUCAGAAGUCCUGCCUUGGAGGCCUCAACAAUGAACUCAUCUUCUCUGCCCGUCUGGACAACCUCAUGAUGACCUACUGCGCCGUUCAGGGUCUGAUCAACUCCACAUCGCCUCAGGGCAAGUCUCUGAAGGAUGAAAACACAAUCCGUCUGAUCGCUUGUUUCGACCACGAGGAGAUUGGCAGCACCUCGGCUCAAGGUGCUGACUCCAACAUUCUGCCAUCAGUCCUUCGCCGUCUAUCAGUACUUCCUUCUUCUCAGGAAACAGAAAGUGACAGCUCCUACGACCGCGCCGAUCAGCCUACCCACAAGGACGUCGACACGAGCACCGCCUUCGAGCAGUCCCUCUCAAGCUCUUUCCUCAUCUCCGCAGAUAUGGCUCACUCUGUGAACCCCAACUACGCUGCCAAAUACGAGAGCGAACAUAAGCCCCAAAUGAACAAAGGUACCGUCAUCAAGAUCAACGCCAACGUCCGCUACGCCACAAACUCUCCCGGCAUCGUGCUCCUCCAAGAGCUGGCCAAGAGAGCAAAGAAGAGCAGCGGCGACAUGCGCACAAGCGGUCAAGGUGUCCCAUUGCAGAUGUUUGUCGUUCGUAACGACAUGCCCUGUGGUAGCACUAUUGGACCUAUGCUCUCUGCCAACACUGGCGUGAGAACUCUUGACUUGGGCAAUGCACAGCUAUCCAUGCACAGUAUCCGCGAGACCGGUGGUGCUUAUGAUGUCGAGUACUCUAUCAACUUGUUUGAGAGUUUCUUUGAGCAUUACGGCGAAUUGGAGAGCAAGAUUUUUGUAGAUUAG